GUGAGCUGGUCAGCUGACUGCUCCAAAGUGGAUCACAUGACUUGUGCAGCCUAGGCGCCUCGGGCUGUACCCAGGGCUUGGCAGAAAAGUUACCGGCGCGCGGUGUAACCAUGGCAACGGCAAUAGUCAAGGAGACCACAAGCAUUAAGCAAGCGAUAUCCAUUAUGAAUGAAUUGGACGAAGGCAAGUUUCCAAGAUUGCUCUCCCGAAUCCUUCAAAGACUUCAUCUAAAGGCAGAACAAAGUUUUAGUGAGGAAGAAGAAGAAAAACUCCAAGCUGCAUUUUCCUUGGACAAGCAAGACCUCCAUUUAGUCUUGGAGACAAUUUCCUUUAUUUUGGAACAGGCUGUGUAUCAUAAUAUAAAAGCAGCAGCCUUACGUCAGCAGCUGGAGAGCAUUCAUCUUGAUGUGUCUAAAGCCGAAGCCUUUGCUAAUGCAUGGGAGAGUGCUGGGCAAGAAACUGUGGAAAAGUUUAGACAAAGGACUAUGGCACCAAAAAAGCUGAAGACGACUGCCUGGCAGCUCAACCUCCAGAUGGCUCAAACCACCCAAGCAAAAAUGAAAUCUCCCCAGGCUGUAAUAGAACUUGGAGUUAGCACUGAAGACACAAAGGAUCUGGAGAAAGUUUUUGUGGAGUUUAACCACGAGGAGCUGUUGGAAUUCUAUAACAAGCUCGAGACUAUCCAAGCACAGCUGGAUUCCCUUACGUGAUGUCUUAAAGACGGGUUCCUCUGCCGCACUCCUGCCACCUCAUUAUUUUGUAUUGAAGAUAGAUUGGCAAGCUGUGUUUGCUAAAGGAAUCAAUGGUCUGCUUCCUGUAAAAUUAUAUGGCUUAUCUCCUCUUAGACUAGCAACAUUAGCCAAGGGAUAUCACUGUGAACAAUGCCUAGAGCCUAAUUGACUUUCUGGUUGAGUUCUGUGAUUACAAGGUGCAUUAUAUAUUACUUCAAUAGUAAUACUCAAGAUGAUUCUGCUCUUCCUUCGGGAUUAUAAAAUAUUCUGUAUAAUGAAAUCCGUGUAAACUACACAGUAUGGAAGAAUAUUAUAUACACUUAAGGGCAAUGAUCUUAUAACCUAUAAACAGAAUUCUAUAGCGGGGUUUUAAACAUGUGGUUUAAUCAAUUGUAUUGGGAGCACCACAAUUACAUACCGGUAUAUAGAAAAACAUACAAAGACAUGUUUAUUCCACACCUUAACAUCUUCAGCGCCACAAUUAGUUUGCAGUAUUUUCUUAAUUUUUGCAAGACCGCUUAAUCAUUGCAAGUUAAAUAUAUACGGGUUGGUUUUAAUAUAUAAAAAAUGUUUAGUAGCUCACUGCAUGUCUGCUAAUGUAGUAGCUAUAUAGAUUUCCAAAUAUGGACAGUACUUGCAGAUUGUUAAAUAUUGUGCGUUUAUUGCAUGAAACGUGAUAUAUAACAUAUUGAUUGACUUGAAAGUCGAAACUGUGGCCGCUUGUUAUAUAAUUUUAAAGAUUUGCAAGUGCUGUUCAUUUGCUGGGAAUCAUUAAACUAAAUAAAAAAGUAUAUACGUAUAAUGUAAUAUGACUCAUCAGAAUAGAACUCUUAAUAUUGUACCGAUAAACCAAAUGUUUACUUCUGAAAUGCAAUGAUUUUCCCUGAAGGCUAAUGUUGUGAAAUAAAAUGGUGGAUUGAAACAAUGACUGAUCUGUGCUGUGUGAGAAUGUAUUGUGUAGUAUUUCAAUGCGCAGUCACAUGUAUGGAUAUAUCCACAAUAAAACUAUACUUGGCAGUAUAUUCUUAUUCACACAAGGGUCUAGCCGUUAAAGCACAAGUUAUAAGUGAAGGAAACACAUGUUCUGCAAAAAUACAUGAUUUACAUGAUUAAAAGCCAAGUCAAAUAUAAUACAUUAUAUAGCCAAAUGUAUGUGGUAACCUGACUGCCACACCUAUAUGAAUUUGUUGGACAUCCCAUUCCAAAACAAUGGGCGUUAAUAUGGAGUUGCUCCUCCCAUUUGCAGCUCCUAUUUGCAACUCUUGCAACCACCACUCUUUGGGGAAUGAUUUCCACAGGAACAUGCAUUAUUUCUGUGGGAAUCUGUGCCCUUUCACCCAUAACUAUAUGUGUGAGGUCAGACACUGAUGUUGUGUGAAAAGGUUUGGCUUGAAACUAGCGUUGCAAUUCCUUCCAAAUGUUAGGGUUCUGGUGCCAGACACUCAUUUUUCUCCAUGCCAGACUUGUCAGACCAUGACUUCAUGGACCUCGCUUUGUGCACACGGGCACA